GAACAAAAGAGGGGGGGGGGGGGGAGAGGGGACUUCAUUCAACCCAUAUUAUACCAGCUGCGAGAUCUAUUCCUGUUCUCCAUUCCCCUCAAUCUCAUCCUCCCCGCCGCCUUUUCCCUUUCUUUUGUUCUUGUUCUUAUUCCAGUUUGAUUCUGCUGAGAUUAGUUGGAAUUCGUGAUGGAUUGGGGGAGUUCUUGGGGGGCGCUGUGGGCGCUGCUAGUGAUGUCGGUUCUUCCCGGGUUGGUUCUUGGGGGGGAUAUAGUCCAUGAGGAUGAACGGGCGCCGAAGAUCCCCGGAUGCUCGAAUAACUUCGUCCUGGUAAAAGUGCAAACCUGGAUUAACAACAGAGAAGAUGCUGAGUUUGUUGGUGUUGGUGCUCGAUUUGGCACUACAAUUGAAUCAAAAGAAAAAUAUGCCAACCGAACUCGGCUUUCUGUGUCAGAUCCUCCUGAUUGCUGUACUACGCUUAAGAAAAAGCUUGCUGGAGAUGUCCUAUUAGUGCACCGAGGACAUUGCAAAUUUACGACCAAGGCAAAGGUUGCGGAAGCAGCUGGUGCUUCUGCGAUCCUUAUUAUAAAUACCCAUAAAGAAUUGUACAAGAUGGUCUGUGAUCCCAAUGAAACAGACUUAAACAUAAGCAUAUCUUCAGUUAUGCUGCCACAAGAUGCAGGUGCAAGCUUAGAGAGCAGCAUCAAGAGUGGUGCCUCAGCUGCGGUGCAGUUAUACUCUCCGGAUCGUCCUCUUGCUGAUACAGCCGAGGUGUUUCUGUGGCUUAUGGCUGUUGGUACCAUCCUAUGUGCAUCUUAUUGGUCAGCUUGGAGUUCUAGAGAAGCAUCUAUUGAAUAUGAAAAGUUAAUAAAGGAUGCCCCAGAUGAGAUACUCAACAUGGAAACUACAGGCACCAGUGGUGUGGUGGAUGUAAACACAAUGUCUGCAGUAUUGUUUGUUGUGAUUGCAUCAUGCUUCUUGAUCCUACUUUACAAAUUUAUGUCCCACUGGUUUGUGGAGCUUUUGGUGGUUCUAUUUUGCAUUGGGGGAGUCGAGGGCCUACAAACAUGCUUGGUAGCUAUAAUAUCACGAUGGUUUAAACGUACUGGGCAAUCUUUCCUUAAAGUGCCCUUUUUUGGAGCUGUUUCAUACCUUACAGUAGCAGUCUCACCAUUCUGCAUUGCUUUUGCUGUUGUAUGGGCUGUUUAUCGCUCCAUAUCCUUUGCCUGGAUUGGCCAAGAUAUCCUGGGUAUUGCUUUGAUUAUUACGGUUCUCCAAAUUGUUCGAGUACCCAAUCUCAAGGUGGGUACUGUGCUUCUCAGUUGUGCAUUCCUAUAUGACAUCUUUUGGGUUUUUGUUUCAAAGAGGUGGUUUCAUGAGAGUGUGAUGAUUGUGGUUGCACGUGGUGAUAGGACUGGUGAGGAUGGUGUACCCAUGUUACUUAAGAUUCCACGCAUGUUUGAUCCAUGGGGUGGUUACAGCAUCAUUGGUUUUGGUGAUAUCCUCCUGCCUGGGCUACUAAUUGCAUUUUCAUUAAGAUAUGAUUGGGCUGCAAAUAAAAAUCUACGAGCUGGCUAUUUCUUGUGGUCCAUGGCGGCUUAUGGUUCUGGUCUUCUUAUUACAUAUGUUGCUUUAAAUCUAAUGGAUGGACAUGGUCAACCAGCUCUUCUCUACAUCGUCCCCUUCACAUUGGGCACCUUCUUGGCUUUGGGGCGGAAAAGAGGUGAACUGAAAAAUCUAUGGAUAAAAGGAGAACCAGAGAGAAUUUGUCCACAUAUUCAACUUGCUCAAUAGAUCUCUGUAUUUUGACAUCAAAUAAAUAAAUAAAUCUCUGUAUUUUCAUCCAACAUUAAAUAGAUAGGCUGCAGGCUCAGCUUUCAACCUGUAAGGGUUAAUAGUGCAGAACUGGUGGAGAUUUGGGAAGAGAUUAGCUCUUAUUGUGCUUUUGCUCAAUGUUGCAUUUUACCGUCUGACUCGGUUUCAAAAAA